GCUUGGAAGUAUUUCGUUCCGGGACUUUUUUUCGCAACCUUGACUGAAAUAAGACUGUUUUAGUACCUCCAUUAGUAGAAAGCGCUAUAUAUCUGUGCUGCAUCGCUCAGGUGUCGCCUACGAAGCUAAGAGUAACCAACGAUUGCAUUAAUAUAUAUAUAUAUAUAAGCUACUAUUUAACUAACAGAUCGCCCAAUACGUUUCAUCAAGAAUAUCACAUGACAUUGGCAUCAAAGCAUUGUUUGCAUCAGAUAACAUCUUCAAUAUUCAUCACCUUUCAAAGACCCACAGAAAAUAUUGUGUAGAACAGAUUUCAUAACUCUCGGAAAUUCCAGUGAAAUAUUUCUUUUGAAAUGACAUUGAUAGCAACUUUUCUCUUCUGAAAAUGUUUGGAAUGUCUACAAGAUUAUUUUGUAAUGAAAUGAAGCCAUAUCACUGUGAUAUUUGUGAUAAAUCAUUCCCAUCAAGCAAUAACUUAGACACGCAUAAACGUCUUCAUAAGGGUGAGAAGCCAUUUCGAUGUGUUAUCUGUGGUAAAGCAUUUCUUCAAAGUUGCGAUUUGAAUAACCAUAAACGCAUUCAUAGAGGAGAGAAGCCAUUUCACUGUGAUGUCUGUGGUAAAUCAUUCCCUAGGGUAGGUAACUUAACUGUACACAAACGACUUCACACAGGAGAAAAACCAUAUCACUGUGAUACCUGUGAUAAAUCAUUCUCUCAGGUAGGUAACUUAACUGUACACAAACGAAUUCACACAGGAGAGAAACCGUAUCACUGUGAUAUCUGUGAUAAAUCAUUCUCUGCAAAUAAUGACUUAAUUAAACACAAACGUAUUCAUACAGGGGAGAAAACUUUUUCCUGUGACGUCUGUGGUAAAACCUUUUCUUCUGGAAGUGGCCUAAAUAUACACCAAUUAUUUCAUACAAAAGAGAAACCAUAUCACUGUGAUAUCUGUGAUAAAUCAUUCUCUUCAGGCAGUAACUUAAACACACACAAACGUCUUCAUAAGAGAAAGAGACUAUUUCGAUGUGUUAUCUGUGGUGAAUCAUUCAUUCAAAUUUCCAAUUUAAAUGAUCAUAAACGCAUUCAUACGGGAGAGAAGCCAUUUCACUGUGAUGUCUGUGGUAAGUCAUUCUCUCAGGUAGGUAACUUAACUGUACACAAACGACUUCAUACAGGAGAAACACCAUAUCACUGUGAUAUCUGUGAUAAAUCAUUCUCAGCACGCAAUAGCUUAAUCAUACACAGACGUAUUCAUUCAGGAGAGAGACCUUUUCGAUGUGUUAUCUGUGGUAAAUUGUUCAUUGAAAGCACCAGUUUAAAUAUUCAUAAACGUGUUCAUACAGGAGAGAAACCCUUUCGUUGUGAUAUCUGUGGUAAAUCAUUCUCUGUUGGAAGUACUUUGACCAAACACAAACGCAUUCAUACAGGAGAGAAACCAUAUUGCUGUGAUAUCUGUGAUAAAUCAUUCUCUAAUGGCAGUGCCUUAACUAGACACAAGCGUCUUCAUACAAAGAAGAAGUCAUUUCAGUGUGAUACCUGUGGGAAAUCAUUUUCUACAAAUAGUAACUUCACUAAGCACAAACGUGUUCAUACAGGUAACUCGUUCUCUCAGGUAACUGGCUGAACUGUGCACAAAUGCAUUUAAACAAAGGGAAUAGCUGUUUAACAGUACAUAAAUGUAUUCAUACAGGAGAGAAGCCAUUUCACUGACAUUUGUGGUAAAUCAUUCUCUUUUGCUAAUGUAUUCUUUGAUAGGAAAAGAAAAUACAGGAGGAUCUGUUAAUUAUAAUUUUAUUUGAUAUAUUCCCCUCCUGCAUUCAAACACCUAUUGCAGCUAAGCAUUGGAGAUGUGUAUGUAUGUAUGUAUGUGGGUAACCUUUGUCUUUUUAAUUUAGAAUAAAUCAUAAUCAGACACCUACAAGGUUCUGAAAAAGGGCAA